AGAAGAAGAGAGCCGCGAAAUUACUUUGAUACCUUUCGCUCAAGGAUGUAAUAAUUCGUCUCGUUCACACUUAUGCGCGAUUGUGUUAAUGCCGCCGGUGUUAACAGGUUGCCGUGCAUACUUUUAGAAUGUUCUAGAAGAUUCUGGCUAUGCAUGCAAUGCAGGAAGAUGUACUCUCGCGCUCGCUCGGAUUCACUCGGAAUUGCUCGGAAUCGUUCGGGAUCGUUCGGAUUCGCGCUCGAUGGCUUACAUUUGGCUGUUAAGAUUUCGACUCUUCUGCAAGAAACAUCAGCUUUUCCACUGAAAGAAAGGUAAUAAAAUUUAGAACUUGUUCCGCGCACAGCCUUAGUGCACGGGUGCAAUAAUUCGUCUCACUCAUACUUACGCGCGAUGGUGUUAAUGCCGCCGGUAUUAACGGAUUGCCAUGCAUGUUUCUAGAAUGUUCUAGGAGAUUCUAUCUACGCAUGCACGAAAAUAUCGUUUACUUUCGCGCUCGCUCGGAUUUACUCGGAGUCGCUCGGAAUCGCUCGGGGGAUCGUUCAGAUUCGUGCUCAGUCGCUUGCAUUUGGCCGUUAAGAUUUCGAGAGCUGUGCAACAUCAGCUUUUCUGCUGAAAAAAGGUAUCUGUUCAGGUUAUCGGGCAUGCUUGUAGAAGUUUCGAACUGUGCGUACAUGAACAUGUCGCUCGCUCGGAUUCGCACUCGAUCGCUCGUAUUUGGCCGUGCUCCGAAACACGCAGAACAUGCACCGACAUCGGCGCUGCUCUGUGCACGGCGCCGCCAGAUAAACAGCGGGAGAGCCGGGCUUUCCAUUGAAGAGCCAACCAAUUGAAUUUUCUGCAGGUUCUCGUCAGUCGAGGAACGCAAGUGGGAAGGUAACUUUUCACGAUCUACUUCCGGUCUUCCGCCUCCGCGCGGCCGAAUGCGUAUUAAACGAAAAUCCGUAAACGCAAAUCCUCUUCUGGGCGGUUCGCGCGAGAAGAAUGAACGCGGCCGGUCAUCGACUUUUACUUCCUCGAGACAAAGUCGUGCAAUUAAAGUGAGACCACGCGGAAAAUA